CAGCUCUCCUUAGCGUGGGAGAGCGGAGGGGAAUCGCACAGUUUCAGAGCGCGUGCGCGGGAUUGAACUUGGCGGCAUGUGGAGGCGAAAGGAAGACUAGUGUUGGCGCGUGCCGGAGAUGAGAAGUGGCGAGACGAUGGCGCCACCGUGGCCACUGAAAGAGCGGCCGCAGCAGGUGCGCCAUUUUCGUGUUUGCGGUCGUUUCACUGAAUGAAAAAGCGCUGCAGACUCACCUCCAAUGGAGAAAUUCGUGUUCGAUCCCCCCAGCGAUGAGGAAAUCGACCACAGCACCGACGGCGACUCCGACGAAGAAGUUGAAGUUUCCGACGACGAAGAAGUAGUGCGGAAAGGCAGGACAACCCAGUCGCCUUGGGAUUUCUCCUCCUACACCGAAUCUAUCGCAGACGAGCACGCGCGAAGGAGCACAACUUCGAUAGACUACAAAAUUAGUAAAGCUCUUGAGCGGCGCCCCAUCGCCGCCGCAGAAGAAGCUGAUUCCGAGGAGCGGUCGGAUUCCGAAAUCGAGAUCCAGGACGGUUAUAGGUCUGAAGAGGAAGAGGGCAAAGACGCCCCGACGACUAGUGGCAAUGCUGAAAAAGCGUUCUUUUCAUCCGAGGAUGGUGUAACCUUCGAAGCUAACUCGUUUCUGGAUUUUUCUCUCUCGAGGCCAUUGCUACUGGCAUGUAAAGAAUUGGGUUAUGUAAAGCCUACUCCCAUUCAGGCUGCUUGUAUACCUUAUGCUUUACUUAAGCGUGAUAUAUGCGGGAGUGCUAUUACUGGAUCUGGGAAGACAGCUGCUUUUGCUUUACCAACCCUGGAGAGGCUUUUGUUAUGGCGAAAGAGUAGACCAGCUGUUAGAGCUCUAAUUCUUACACCUACAAGGGAGUUGGCUAUUCAGAUUGAUAGUAUGAUUAAGACACUUGCUAAGCAUGUGCCGACCAUCAGAAGUUGUGUGAUUGUUGGUGGAGUUUCGAUGAAGGUGCAAGAAGCUGCUCUAAGAACUUUACCAGAUGUAGUUGUUGCAACUCCAGGACGGAUGAUAGAUCACUUGCGUAACUCUAUGUCUGUACAUCUGGAUGAGCUCGCAGUUUUGAUACUUGAUGAAGCUGAUCGGCUUCUUGAGCUUGGAUUUAGUGCUGAUAUUAAUGAAUUGGUAAAAUUAUGUUCUAAAAGUAGACAAACCAUGUUAUUCUCAGCAACCAUGACUGAGAAAGUUGAUGAGCUUGCCAAUCUUUCCUUGAAAAAACCCGUACGCUUGUCAGCUGAUCCAAGAGCAAAGCGACCAGCUACAUUAACUGAAGAGGUGAUUCGCAUACGGCGAAUGCGUGAAGGAAAUCAGGAAGCAGUUCUUCUUUCCAUAUGCUCCAAGAGCUUUACAUCUAGAGUGAUUGUCUUCAGUGGUACCAAGAAAGCAGCUCAUAGAUUAAAAAUUCUAUUUGGGUUGGCUGGCUUUAAAGCAGCUGAGCUUCACGGGGACCUUACCCAAGCCCAGCGUAUGGACGCAUUGGACCUUUUCAGGAAACAGCAAGUGGACUUUCUUAUUGCAACAGAUGUUGCUGCUCGUGGUCUUGAUAUCGUUGGUGUUUGUACAGUCAUUAAUUUUGCAUGUCCACGAAACAUUACAAGUUACGUCCAUCGAGUGGGUCGCACUGCCAGGGCUGGUAAAGAAGGACAUGCUGUUACCUUUGUUACUGAUGAGGAUCGGUCUCUCCUAAAUUCUAUAGUUAAAAGAGUUGGUUCAAGGAUGAGGAAAAGAACCGUUGCUGAAAAGUCAAUACAGAAGUGGUCUGAAAUAAUUGAGCAAAUGGAAGAUCAAGUAUCAUCAAUUCUUCGAGAAGAACGGGAGGAGAUGGCACUAAGGAAAGCUGAAAUGGAGGUUACAAAGGCAGAAAAUAUGAUUGCUCACAGAGAUGAAAUUUAUUCACGCCCUAAAAGAACGUGGUUUGUUACUGAAAGGGAAAAGAAACUUGCUGCUAAAGCAUUGAAGGAAGCUUCGGAUAAGGGAAAAGGUUCUCGACGUAGCACAAUUAGUGCAGAACAAGCAGAGGAGUUGAAGAUGAAGGAAAAGAGAAAGCGAGAGCACGAGAAAAACUUGCCAAGGAAGAAAAGAAGGAAAUUGGAAGCGGCUAGAGAGAUGUUAGAGGACGAGGCUGAUGUCAAGGGUGGAGAGAAAAAUGGAAUUUCACUUGUUGAUGUUGCAUAUCGAAGAGCAAAAGCAGUCAAGGCUGCAAGCAAGGCUGUUCAGGCUGGCAAGAUUGUGAAAAAACAUGUUAAAAACCCCAAGCAUCCUACACGAUCAAGAACAGACGAGAUGCAAGAACUUUUCCAGGAUGACAUGAGUGAGAAAAAGCAGAAAAGAGCCAUCAAAGGCGGUUUGAAGAAGAAGUCCUCUUUCAAGAGCAAGACUCGGUACAAGCGGAGGUAGGUUAUAUAACCGUUCGGAGUCGAGAUAUCGGAAUCUUGCUGCAUCUAAUUGCUGCUGCUGCUGCUGCUGCUGCUGCUGAAGGUGUUUUUUUUUUAAUAUCAAAUGAUAAUUUUGACCUUUAUUUAGUGACGAUUACAUUACUCACGUUAGUACUCUACGUUACAUCUAUUCUUAUUCUUAGAAAUUUUUAAUCUAAUUAUACAUUGACGAUUGUAUUUCGUGAAUUUUGGCUGUUAAAAUAUUAAUCUUGCAUUGAUUUAGUGAAA